GCCGCUGCCGCUGCGCCCUGGCCCCGCCGCCGCGCAGCUGCAGCCCCGCUCCCGCCCGCGGCGCGCCGAGACCCCAGCCCGUGGCAGGCUUCAUCAGCAGUUUCUUGAUGUUUGGAGAGUUUUGAGACCCACCCUGUUGGACGACUUGUAACCAGUGCCUAAAACUACAAAAACGUAUGUGUGGAAGAACCUUUCCUUGAAGGAAGUGUCCAUCGCAGUGCUGUGGAAACUCUGUGCAGGCCUUGCAAGGCAGGAGAGCAGUUUGUGCUUCUGUUGACACUCGUGCAUAAUCUCUGCUUCUUAUGCACUCCAGCACCCCUAUCAGCUCCUUGUUCUCCUUCACCAGCCCCGCAGUGAAAAGGCUGCUGGGCUGGAAACAAGGAGAUGAAGAAGAAAAGUGGGCAGAAAAAGCUGUUGAUUCCUUGGUGAAGAAGUUAAAGAAGAAGAAAGGAGCCAUGGAAGAACUGGAGAGGGCUCUGAGCUGCCCGGGCCAGCCCAGUAAAUGCGUCACGAUCCCGCGUUCCUUGGAUGGGCGGCUGCAGGUGUCUCACCGCAAGGGGCUUCCCCACGUCAUAUACUGCAGAGUGUGGCGCUGGCCUGAUUUACAAUCUCACCAUGAGCUGAAACCACUGGAAUGUUGUGAGUUCCCUUUUGGCUCGAAACAGAAAGAAGUGUGCAUCAACCCCUACCAUUACCGGCGGGUGGAAACCCCAGUCCUACCUCCUGUACUCGUUCCAAGACACAGCGAGUUUAACCCUCACCUCAGCCUCCUUGCCAAGUUCCGAAACACUUCUCUGCACAGCGAGCCACUGAUGCCACACAAUGCCACUUACCCGGAUUCUUUCCAGCAUCCUCCAUGCACCCCUUUUCCAUCAUCCCCCAGCCACAUGUUCUCCCAGUCGCCCAACAGCAUCAGCUACCCCAACUCACCAGAAAGCUCUUCUGGACCAGGAAGUCCCUAUCAGCUCACGGUGGAAACUCCACCUCCACCCUACCAUGCAAGAGAGCCUCCAGGAAUCCACAAUGGUCGGUCAAUGGAUGCAAUAGCUGAAAGUCAACUAGUGCUGUCUUUGCCCAAUGGAGGUAAAUCUGCCGAUGGAGAAGCUGAAAACUUUCGUCCUGUUUGUUAUGAGGAACCCCAGCAUUGGUGCUCAGUUGCCUACUAUGAACUCAACAACCGGGUAGGGGAGACUUUCCAGGCCUCCUCUCGAAGUAUCCUCAUAGAUGGAUUUACAGAUCCUUCAAAUAACAAAAACAGGUUCUGCCUGGGUCUGCUCUCAAACGUAAACCGCAAUUCUACCAUAGAAAACACCAGAAGACACAUAGGAAAAGGUGUUCAUCUUUACUACGUGGGCGGGGAGGUUUAUGCCGAAUGUGUCAGUGACAGCAGUAUUUUUGUGCAAAGCCGCAACUGUAACUACCAGCAUGGUUUCCACCCAGCCACGGUCUGCAAGAUCCCCAGUGGCUGCAGCCUCAAGAUCUUCAACAACCAGCUCUUCGCCCAGCUGCUUGCCCAGUCAGUCAAUCAUGGUUUUGAAGUGGUCUAUGAGCUGACCAAGAUGUGUACUAUCCGAAUGAGUUUUGUUAAGGGCUGGGGAGCAGAGUAUCAUCGCCAAGAUGUUACAAGCACGCCCUGCUGGAUUGAGAUCCACCUGCAUGGACCAUUGCAAUGGCUGGAUAAGGUGCUGACACAGAUGGGCUCACCUCACAACCCCAUCUCCUCAGUUUCUUAAGAAUCAUCUCUAGAAUUCCCUUAGGAUGGAUGCUAUUGCAGGCAGUGGCUUAUAGAAUUCCCAUGAACAGAAGCUUCUAUAUGUAGAUGUAUGUAGAUGUAAAUAUAUCUAUACAUAGUCUACUUCCUCUCCUUUCCUUUUUUUUUUUUUUUCCAUUUUGUGGUUUCUAGUUACUCUGAUGCCAGUACAAUAAGUUUAGAAAUUCAGGUAUAGCAUAUCUGUUCUCUAGUACAAAAUAAGCCAAAUUCCUUCAAAAGUGUCAAAGGUUUCCUGUGAGCAUCUUCAUUCCCCAGCCAAGCCAGUAAAUGGUGCAAAUUCCCAGCCCUUUCACAUGGGUUCAAAAACCUGGGUGUAGCUGUUCCUAGUAGGCGAAAUUCACCCCUCUGCAGGCAACCAAAGUCAGAUCUCUGUGCCAUUUAUAUUCACCUUACAUCCUGAUUUCAAGUCCAGAAGAGGACCUUAGGUGGUGCACAGGACUUAUGCACAGCGAUGACUUUUAUCUAGUGAACUGAAGGACUAAACUGCAAUUCCAGUCUGUCUCCCUACUGCAGAGCACGAUGGGACAACAAAUCCUCUGAAGAGCUGAGCACACCAUCUCUCCUGGGAUUUGGCAGGAGGAGGGAGCCCUCGGGACCUGUUCAGCACAGGAACCUUAGAGCAUUCUGGACAAUCCGAGUAGUCUGGUACUGUUAACACAGUAGGGUAUGGUACUGCUGCACUGAAAAGCAACAAGCUCCUAAGAAAAAAAUAAUAAUGAAAAUAUAUGCCAUGAGUUAAAAAAACCUAAUUAACUUCCAGUGCUUUUUUGAAAAGUACAUACAUACUUGCACAUGUGUCUGGCAUGUAAACUGAAUCCUAUCCAUUCUGCAGUAUUGAUAUAGCUUGUUCUAAGUUAGGACUGUCUGUAUUCAGACUGCUGUGCUGAUAUCAAAGGUACACCUAAAAGGGACUUGAACUGUGAUUCAGAAAAGGGAAAUUAAGUGUGCAUUGAAGAAGCAAAUAAUUACUUCAUCAUUCAUCUUGGGAACAGAAAGCCCCACACUCAAAGGAUGCAAUGAUGAGAUGGGAGUCAGCCAUAUCCACCCCCAGUCCUCGAGAUCUGGCUGCAUUGCUGGAGUCUGACUCAGAGGGCUUUCCUGACAGUCCUUGCAUAUAUCCCUGUGGAUAGUUUUUCAUCUUAGAUACAAGCUUCUUCAUUUGCUGAGCUUUUGCCUUGCCUGCACAGGAUGGUGAGGCAGUGUAAGCCAUGAACAAGUGAAGAGUGAUUCUAUGUGCAGAACCUUGUCUGUGUUCCUUCUGUAAGCAGGGAAACUUAUUGCCCAUACCCUAAUCCCAUCAUUACAAAAUGCUGUUCACUUGGAAACCUUUCCUGAGAAGACAGGUGAAACUCUUACUACAUUUUGAUGGUCUUUAUUUUUGCUGAAAGAGUAGAGUAUUAUUCUUUCCAGGCAUAACAGUCCACUGAAACUUAAUUUUUAUUUAAGGGUCAGAAAGAGUGAUAACAUCUCCAAUAUCAUUCCUCCAUAGAACACAGUAGAAGUAUUAGUGGAAAAAUAACGUUUUUCAGAAUAUUUCUUUUCUUCUCACACAGUAUCUGGUGCUACUCAUUUUGCUGCAUAAUUAGAAGAGGACACCUCAAGUCCUCAGCUGUAUGACACAUGAAAAGAGAAAUAAUAUUCACUGGAAAGACAGCGAGUAAACUAACAGUGUUACUUCAUUUGAAUGCAUCUUAAUUAAUUAAUUAAUUGCCUGCAGCAUUCACAGGGCACAGAAGGAUAAAUUGUUAAGUUUGAGCAGUAAUAGCAAGUUGUACAGGAAGUUUGUAAGUGUGAAGAACCCUAUUCUGUCAUCAUUUGAUGUCAGCAAUGUCUCUGUGAGAUAGGAAAAACUUUACAGUCUCUUGC